CAUCCUCAACAACAACCAGCUCUCGGGCUCCAUUCCAGCUUCCAUCUUCAACAUGACCAAUCUCAAGUUCCUCUAUCUGGCCAACAACCAUCUCAGCGGCAGUCUACCGUCUGACAUCAGCCGACUGAAGAAGCUGGAGCAGCUCUGGCUGGACAACAACAACAUCGAGGGCCCUCUGCCAUCUGCCAUCUGCUCGAUUCCCUGGCUGUGGCGCAUUAUGGCGAGCAACAACAAACUCUAUGGGCCUCUUCCAGACUGCCUCUUCAACAAGUGUGUGAACCAAAUCGAUGUGAGCAACAACAGCCUGUACGGGCGCAUCAACCGCAACUUCAAGAACAUGGUGGCAGAUGGGGAAGCACUCAUCAACUUGGCUCACAACUUCUUCUUCGGAGAUGCCGUGCUCUUUGCUGCCGGCUGCCAGGUCUGCCCCGUUGAGAUCACCGACCCCAACAUGCUGGUGCUGGGGGACACAAGUUCCGGUUCUGCCCAAGGGGCUGGGAAGUGCAUUGGUGGCAUAACUUUCAUGAAAGAUUACUCGGUUGCCGCGGCAGGCAAGGGCGCGAGGGUGAGUCUGCUGGGCAACUGCCUGACGCUCAGCCCGGACGGAGAUUGCGCUUCCAACGCCACCCAGCGCAGCAAAGCAGCCUGCCAGGCGUUCUGCAGCAUCACGGACAACGGCCCGUGUGACGGCCAUGGGGAGUGUGUGCCGCCUGCACCCGGUUCCACCUCCAACUUCACCUGCCUCUGUGAUGCCGGCUACUCCACCCUCGACCUUGGCAAUGGCUCUACCUGUGCCAUUGUCAACUCCACCACCACCACUGUUUCCUCUCUCUCCACGGGCGCCAUAGUGGGCAUUGCUGUGGGCUGCUUUGCUGGCUUCACUCUGCUGGCUGCUGUACUCACAUGGCUGCUGUGGCCCCGCAAACAGAAGAAGUGGCAGGGGCUGGACGUGUGUGAGCAGUACACGCUGCAGCAGAUCUUGAAGGCGACAGACAACUGGGCGAAAGAGAAUGAGCUGGGCAAGGGGGGCUUUGGCGUUGUGUACAAGGGCUGCUCCCCACAGGGGCAGCUGUGGGCUAUCAAGCGCUCCAAAGUCAUGACCAACGAGUUUGAAACAGAGGUGAGAGCCAUUCUCCUUGUAGAGAUCUUUGGCAUAAUGAUUCUGGAGUUGCUGACUGGAAAGGCACCCCAUGAUCUCCUUGGGUUGGCUAUCAAAGAUUGGGCGAUGAAGGAGAUGGAGGCGUAUCACUUGGAUGAUCUCAAAGACAACAAGCUAGAAGCAAGUGAGGAGGCCAUAGUGGACUAUGCCGACCUGGCUUUGGACUGCGUCAAGUCACCCGGCACACGACGUCCUGACAUGGAGGACGUAGCAUACCGAAUCAAAGCACUUAUUGAGAAGCAUUGCCCUGAAAAGGAGGCCGAUUGGGAAGUCACACAUGGGAUCUCAUCUGUCUCAGGGCUCAUUUGGGUGGAGCGGAUUCUCUUUUGA